AUGGUCAACGGGGCGAGUGCGACACACCACGACAGCCCUAUUGGUACCUGUCUGGGUCUUUGGAUGUGGUCUGCGGUGGGUGCGUGUCCGCGCAGCCGGCACCGCGAGCUGCACAGGGCCGCUGCGGCUGUGCGUAUGGCGCUGCUUGUGGCGUUGGCGCUGGUUGCGGCGGCGGCGGCGUGGAUACCUGCGGUGCAUGCGGUGGUGUUGCGACUGCGGGGCGGUACGGUGGACAGAGCCAUCACGGUUGGCCACGCCGUGGACACGGUGCUGAUGGACGGCGUGCACAUCACGAACGGCGUGGCUGUGGUGUUCGACGUGCCGGCGAUGCUUCCCGGCCCGCUGCGCAUCGAACUGAGGGACUGCGUGUGCGGCGGCGGUGCGCAGAUCUACGUGCGGGGCUACAGCGGCGAGCCGGCGAGUGACCGGAGCCUGGAGGUGAGCGUGAGCGGGCUGUCCGGCGGCCACUGCUCGCUUGUGUUUGUGCACAACCUGCCGGCACAUACGAACGUGACGGUCCGUGACUCGACGAUUGCGACGGCGGGGCCGAUGCGCUACUCCCAGCUGGGCGGGCUGACGGACGCUGUGGCGUCACCGCUUGUGCUGUACGCGACGUCGCUGUUGCAGACGCAGCUGCGUGUGAGCAACACUGUGCUGAGGUCGUUGCAGGCGGGCGGGUCGGCGGUGCACAUUGGCGGCGACGUGGACCUGCUGUCGAGCGCGGUGGUGCUUGACGGCGUGUUGCUGGAGGCGUCGGGUGGUCCGACCGCGUCCGCGAUGAAUGUAACGUCCUCGUCGCGUCUCGGUCUGCGGAGCCACUCGGUGUUCUCCGUGACGAACGUCUCUGUUGUGAGCAGCGGCGGCGGCCUUGUGCUUGGAGAGCGUCUCGCGGUGUCUGACUCGGUGCUGCGCUUUGUGGGCGUCGAGGGGUCUGUCGCGUCCUCGCUGGUGCGCUGCGGCGGUGGGACGGUCAGUGCCGGCGGGUGGCUGGACCUGCACGACGUGUGGGCGGUGGGCGAGGCGUCGUCGGUGGCGUCGCUGUCGGGUGUGACGCUGAGCGGCGGUGCCGUGUCGAUUGCGCGCUGCGCUGCUACUGGCGCGACGCUUGUUUUCGGGCUGACGAUCACGAGCGGCACCGUGACCGUGCAGUGCAACCGUGCCGGCGGCCGGGUGCUGCAGAGCAGCGGCGACUACCGCAUGGCCGGCCUGCCCUCCGUGAGCGUGGUGCCGUGCGACGGCUGUGCGGCCGCGCUGGCGUGCUUUGAUGCGCUGACGGCUUCGUUCUUUGACUGCGUGUGCGGCUGCCGUGCCGGCGGCUUGGGCGAGGCGUGCCUGCCGUUCGACGUGCCGCCUGCGAGGUUCGGUGGCGGUGGUGGCGGUGCGCAGGGCCGCGUGAGUGGCGUGACGCUGACGGAGUCCGUGACGGUUGGCGGCGGGCGGGUGACGGCGUGCUUCGACUCGGUGGUGUUCAGCGGACCGAUCAUCGUGGCGGUGGACCUGCGCUCGAUGGACGCGUUCGAUGACGCACUGAACGUGACGCUGCGCCACUGCGUGCUUGCGGGCGGUGCGCAGCUGCGGAUUGGCGGCCUCAGCGAGAGCACGGCGCGCCUGAUGCCCCACGUCCUCGUCAACAUGACGAAUGUGACGUCGGUGGAGGGCACAAUUGUGCUGCAUGGCGCGAUGCCGCCGAACUCGAGUGUGCUGCUGGCGAACUCAACGCUGCGCGCGACGGUUGGCGGGUCGCAGUACGUGCCGACGACCAUUGGCCAUGCAGGAUUUCGGCACGGCCCCGCGCUUGUCCUGGACGGUGUCCGCCUUCUGUCGACGCGGUUUGUAAUGACGCGGUCGACGCUGGUGUGUGGAGGUGGCUCGUGCGCUGCGAUCCUCUUGGAGCGCAGCUUCGUUGUGAACCUGUCCAGCGUCUUCUACAUGGACAACUGCGCUGUCCUGUCGCAGACGCACGUGAUGUACGCUCUUGCGUCGGACCUGCGUGUUGGCGGCGGCUCUGUGUUCUCCAUACAGAACAGCUCGUGGAGUUUACCGAGCAUUGGCUUCUACAAGGGCGCGUGUGUGUUCAGGGAUGUUGCGGUGGAUGGCGGCAGCGUGCUGCAGAUUGUGUCCAGCAGUUUCCGUCUCGGCUUCGCCAUGCUCAUGGCAAAAACGCUGACUGUGACUGAUGGCAGCUGGCUGGUGCACCGCGACAACGAGUUCCGCACCGCCCACGUUGUGUACGUGGACAAGGAGAACGGUGUGGCGUUCCGCGAUCAGAGUGUGUGGUCGAUACUUGACAACAAACUCACGUAUGGCUCGUACUCGUCGACCAUUGCACACAUGUCCAGCAACUGGUCACCACCAUCCGACACGUGCCCGAUCAUCUACGGCGUGUGCAACGAGGCAGUGGGCUCACCUGUGACGAAUUACGGAGAAGACCUGAAUAUUGGAGCACCCGUGACAGUGUUGGACUGUGGCAUGUGCACCGUGGAGGCCGUGUGCUUCGCUGCGAGGACGAGCAGCAUCAGCGGCUGUGAGUGCGUGUGUGCCGCUGGCGGCUACGGCGACACGUGUCUACCAGCUGCGGUUCCGGACUGCCUUGGGCCGCUUCCGCUCCCCGACGCGAAGGACACGGAGGUCCGCUGCGUGCACGGUGGCAGCAUCGGCCCCGUGGACGUUCCUGAUCCCGGUGUGCGUGGCCUGUGCUUCGUCAACGUGACCUUCACCGCCGUGAUCGUGCUGGACCUGCGGAGCUUCGACGCACCACAGCAGACACUCAACAUCACGCUGCUGCAGUGCGUCCUCAUGGGUCUGUCGGUCAGGGGGAGUGGUGCGCGCGUGCACGUGAGCGUGACAUCUUCGAUGCUGGAUUCUGGUGAGCUGGAGUUCAGGGGUGUUUUUGGCGUGAGCUCCCAGAUACUGGUGGCGGGCAGUACGAUUGUGACGACAUCGGACCACGCCAUUUUAUUUGUGAAGUUUACUCUCAGUGCGAAUAUGACGCUGCUGCUACUUGACAACUACAUCGAGGGGAGUAGGUACGCAGUCUAUUUCUCCAGUGGUGCUGUUGGUGGUGGUGGGAUCAUUGUGAAGGGAAAUAAGUUGAGGGCAACGGAGGUCGAUGACGGUGUGGAAUCAUCUGUUUGCGUUUACGCUGUUGAUGUGAGGAACGGCGGCUACUUUGACAUAGAGAACAACACGAUGAGCUCGGUCAAUGGCGUUGUUCUUUUUGGGGUUACCACCGUGAGGUCCGCGGGGCUGCUGCGAGUGGCGGACUGCACCUUCGUUGGUGGGACGGAAAUUUUUGAUUCCGCGCUGGUGUAUUUGUCUGGCUCUGUGACAAUUGAGGGUGGUGCGCAGUGGCGUGUUGAGGGAAACAGCGUGGGUGCAGCCUCAGUAUUAACUAUUCAGUAUUCCUGGCAAAAACUUCAGCUGUCGGGCAGCGGCACCACCGUGGCGCUUGCACACAACCGCCAGGUGGAAGGAAGCGCACUCUUCGCCAAGCUUUUUAACUCGAACACGAUUGUUGCGUUAACCGCACGGUUUGUGGUGGAGUGCAACCUGCAGGGCAACGGGGAGGUGUCCUACGACUAUGUGUUUCCGGAGGAGGUGAUGGUGUUCAGGUGUGGCACAUGUAACGACGACGCGGCGUGCUACAUGCCCGGGACGGAGUCGGUGGACCGCGGCUCGUGCUCGUGCAGCUGCAAGGACGGAUGGCAUGGCGCGUCGUGUCUUCCCUUCGAGGUGCCCAACACGGUUGUGCCGCCCUUAGCGGAGAGAGCCGUUGACGGCGACACGAGCUGUGUGGUGGACCAGACGCUGACGAGCCUCGCGCUGAAAAUGUGGAAGACGCACCACUGCUAUGUGGGAGUGACAUUCAGCGGCGUGGGUGCCGUGUUGACGUUCUUCCUCAACAGCAUGCCACUGCAUCUCCCCAUCAACAUCACGUUCAUUGGGUGCACUUUCCGUGAGGGUGCCGCGCUGCAGUUUUUUGGGGGUGCUGAGGCGGCCGAGUCAGCCGGCGUCCUGAUCCGCGUGAGCCGGACGGUGAUGCAGUCCUCCGCCGUUGCUUUUUUACGUGCCCUCCCGCAGCACUGCGAGAUCGCCGUCACGGAGGUUGAUGCGGUGCAGACCUUCGCGGUUGAAUUACCGGGCACUGUGAACAACAUGCGGAGCGUAUUGUUGCUGGACGACGUCGUGUUGAGUGCGUCUACGCUGCUGUUCAGCAACGUCAAGGCGCACGCAACGAAUCGUGAUGCGCCUGGUUUGUACUCGAUCGGGGCGCUGAAGCUGGUGGGUGGCAGCUCGCUUCACGCGCGGUACUGCAGCCUCGAUGGAUACGCACACAUGUUCUACGUGCACAGUCUCAGUGUGAGUGACCACUCUGUUUUUGCACUGCUCAACAAUACGAUGUUCUCCGGGGUAAGUCUGCUGUUUCAGGACCAAGGAUUCAGCGUGUCGGAUCACAGCGUGUUGCGCGUGGUGGGGAACAGCGGCUCCGUGGGCUACGCCAUCUAUAACGAUGUCUUGUGGACUGUUCAGCUGUCAAGCUGGUUGGAUUGGCGCGGCAACAACGUGGAAGUGGGCUCGAUGUUCUACAACACUGAGUCCGCUUUUGUGAGCAUUGACAGCAGCAGUGUGGUGACGCUGACGGGCUGCAAGAUGGGCUCGACGGGGCUGUCGGUAUCCUUGCUGAAGCGGGCUGAGGCCGGCUACCGUUUCGUUGCUGGGUGUCUGACGGUCGCGGGACGGGAGGUGACGACGGCGGCUGAACUGGAGCUGAACGGCAUCAUAGGCGUGACGACGGUUGCUGCGUGCGGGCAGUGCAUGAAGGAGGGCGACUGCUUUGCACCGCUGACGACGGCGGUCAUUGGCUGCAGGUGCCAGUGCGCUGCUGGAGGGCACGGCGAUGUGUGUCUCCCGGCGCCUGUGCCUGCUGGCCCGCCACCGUCGCCGCCGCCACCACCGUCACCCACACCGCUGCCACCGCCGGCUGGUGGGUGCAUCAGCGACAUGGUGCACCCCGAGGUUGCGCAGGCUGUGGGCGGCGGGCUGUCGUGGCUGUGCUACCGCAACGUGACGUUCAGCGGGGGUGGCAUGAGCCUGACGGUACUGAUAGGGGCGAUGACGGGUGACGUGGCGAAUGUCAGGUUCGAUGGAUGCACGUGGAGGGACGGUGCCGUGCUGUUGCUGUUGGGCAACGCGUACGCCGCUGUGAGGUCGCUGAACGUCGUCGUCACCGGCAACACGUUCCGUGACGCGCUGCUCAGCCCGGAGGGAGGAUUUCCACCGCACACGAACAUCACGAUCAGCGGGAACCGCUUUACUGUCACGAGGCUGAUCCCUCGUUCGGGCUUGGGCCUUAGGAGGCUGUCGUGUGUUGCGAUGAAUGGACUGGUGAUCAGCAACGACUCCGCGGUAGUGCUGAGUGGCAAUGUGUUUCAGAGCGUGACGGCAUCGUCAAGCGCCAUUUACGUUGUCGGAUCUGCGCUGAGCGUGUCGUGGCACUCCGUGUUUGCGGUGGUGGGUAACACGUUUAAUAUGGCUGGCGGUGACAGUACGCUGAUACAUCUUGAAGGGUCUAGCCAAUCCUCAUCGCUGAAGGUUCUGAACAACUCUGCUGUGGUGAUCCGAGGCAAUCUUGUGACGAGGCCGGUGAAAUGCUUUUUAUUACUAAUUUUGGCAUUACGUGUGGAGUCUCAAUCAGCGGUUGUGUUUCAGGGCAACGACAUACAGAGAAGCUCGGCUGUGUUCUUUCCAAGCUACUCUUCCUACAUCUACGACAACUCCUGGCUGCAGCUGAGCGGCAACCUCUGCCGCGUGUCCCCAUCAGAAGGCUUCCUCUUUCUGAACCCCACGGUGAAACUCCGCGACUCCACGUUGUCUGUGUCCGGCAACCGGUUUAUGUCCAGCACUGACAAGCCGACAGUUCUGCGGAUAUACAAAGGGUCCCGCGAUAUCACAAACGGAGCGAUUGUGGCUGCGUGCAACAGUGUGAACGGCGAGGAGGGGGCGGAAUACGCCAUCCCGUCCGCGUACAACGCCACCAUUCUGAGCUGCAGCGACCCAUGCACCCUCGCGACGUCGUGCUUCCCCGCUUACACGACGACAGCCUCGAGUGAUGGCUGCACCUGCACGUGCGCUGAGGGCGGCCACGGCGAUGCGUGCCUGCCCGUCGCUGUCCCCGAGCCACCGAGCACCGACGGCACCGAAUUGUGCCUGCGCGACGUGAUUGUGGAUGUGGAGGUGAACGCCGGUCUCGGGACGUCGGUGGCGUGCUACUUUGGUGUGACCUUUGCGGCGGACGUCGUGGUGGACGUGGAGUCGAUGUUAGGGAGCGUGCGCAACGUGACGCUGGCGAACUGCACGUUUGUGGACGGAGCGAGCCUGUACGUUGUUGGGUGGCUGUCUGACCCGCCUGCUGGCCAGCGCGUCGAUGUGUUGAUCAGCGGGCUUGAGUCGCGCUCCGGUGGCGGCGUGCUGGUGGCGAACCGAUUUCCGCCGGGCUCGCGCGUCACUGUGGUGGACUCUGUGCUGAUUGCAGAGUCGCGUGUUGCGUACCGCGACGCCUACGACCUUGGCGACGCCUCCGCGUGCCUCGUGGUGCACAGCGUGAAUCUGACUGGGAGCGUGCUGACCAUUGCGCGCACGCACGUGGCGGCUGUGUUUCGCGACGCUGUUGGCGUGUUGGUGGUUGGCGGCGUGGCGCUGUCGUCGCGCGGUGCGCUGUACGUGGACGGGCUGUCGGUGCAGACGGCGCUGGGGCUGUGCGUGUCGGUGGAGGGCGGUGUUGCGGCCAGUGGCGGCUCCGUUGUGGCGUUUGUUGACAGCGACUUCCUGCUGUGCAAGCACGCGGUGUCAGUGCGUGGGGCUGUGAGCGUGUCGGGCUCCGCAGUGGCGCUUGUGCGGAGCGAAUUCUUGUCGACGGAGGACUACGCGGUGGCGUUUUAUUCGACGGUGAGCCUGGAUGGCAGAUCGAUGCUGCUGGCAAGGGCAACGUGCACGACG